AUGGUCACCUCGUUGUCACUGCUGUGCUCUCUUGUUGCUGUAUCGGUAGCGGCCAUCACUAGUGUCUCUGAUGCAAGUAAGGAAGUCUUGCAGAUUGGAGCUUUACUGCCGUCAAAUUCUAGUAGCAACGACAGUCUUUGGUCGUCUUUCCGUUCUGUCGACGCUUGCUAUCUUGCUGUCGAUCAUGUCAACGAUUACAGUGGACUUCUUCCCAAUCAUGAGCUUCGGUUGAUUUUUAGAGAGACGAUGUGUGAAUUUGGUAAAGCUAACUAUGGAAUGUACCAGUUUGUACACUCAUCUGAAGCAGAGAGACCUGUUGUGCUGCUGGGAGAAGGCUGUGGUGUGGUGACUGAGCCACUGGCAGAAACAAUGGAAAUGUGGAACAAAAGCAACGUUGUGUUGUUCAACUUUCUUUCAUCGUCGUCAAGUGGUUUAGAUUUAGAGGAGAAGUCAAAUGCGUAUAUGUCACUGCUUCCAGCUGCAAGUGAACUGAAUUCAGCUAGAGUAGAGCUCAUGCACAAACUUGAAUGGAAAAAUGCAGUUAUUCUGUAUGAAACGUCGACUGGCACCAUUUUUGACAGGAAUUCAAAGGAUCUUGUGAAAAAAAUAAAAAAGGUGAAUAAUAAUGCAACAGGAUUAGCUGAUCGAUAUCUUGUGACAAUGGGAAACAUUACACACAUUUUUGAUAAAAUCAAAGCAUCAAAGAAGAGGAUCUUGUUCAGUUUCUGUUAUGAAAAUGUCGCAAGGCGUGUCGUUUGUGAGGUUGGAUCUUUACGUAUAUUUACCUCUGAUAGGAGGAUUAAAACUGGUUCACAAUAUCUGCCAGAGAGCAAUCCAUUCUGUUGCAGCAAACUACACAAAGGUGCUGCUCGAGUGUUGGACUGCAACAGGAAGCUGGUGACAGAGAAUGUGCUGGAGAACAGAAAAUGCUUCAUCGAGAGAACAGUCUCGUACAGAUGCAGAAGUAAUGACAAGCAACAACACAACAUACACAACAUCAUGCAGCUAGUAGCAAUGGCAGUAAGCAGUCAAUGUGGUGACACAUUUAGGAUGGAUGUUUUCCUCACUCAGGUGAAUGAGGCUGUGUUCGAUCUUGUGGCUAAGAAAUGA